AACACAAUAUAUAAAGGAUAAUGAAUGAAUCGGUGAUGAACAUGAGUUGGUCUGAGUGUCUCUGUUUGAUCCUCCUGCUUCUCCAACAGACCACUGUCUCCACGUUGGAGAGCUUUGAGGUUCUUGGUCCAGCUGAUCCUGUAGUUGCUGUAGCUGGUGAAGAUGUUGUUCUGCCCUGUUACCUCAAACCCAACAUCAGUGCUGUGGACCUGAGUAUCGAAUGGCUCAGAGUUUAUACCGAAGACCCACUUGUACAUCUUUACCGGGAUCAUGAGGACAGAAAUGAGAAGCAGAUCCCAUCUUACAGGGGAAGGACAUCACUGUUCCCUGAGGAACUGAGGAAAGGAAAUACUUCACUGAAAGUGAAAAAUGUGCAAGGAUCUGACAAUGGAGAGUAUAAAUGUUUUAUUCAGGCUGGGGACUGGUAUGAUGAUUCUUCCAUUAAUGUUCAUAUUAAAGCUGUAGGAACCCAUCCAGUGAUCUCAAUUGAGGGAUAUGAAGAAGGAGGGAUCAGUCUGGUGUGUGAAUCUAAAGGCUGGUUCCCUCAGCCUGAAGUGCUCUGGAUGGACAGUGAAGGACACAGUCUCCCUGCUGGACACACAGAGACACACACAGACAGUAUGGGUCUCUUCACCGUGAGACAACGUGUUAUUGUGCAGGAGAGAGAGACCAACAGGUUCACCUGUCGAAUUCUACAGCAGCAGAUAAAUGAAAUGAAAGAGACAAUAACUAACAUCCCUGGUGAGAUGUUCCACCGUGCUCAUCCCUGGAAGGUGGCCUUUGCUGUGUUCUUCUCCCUGGGAGUUCCUGCUAUCAUCAUAUUGGCUGUUUUAAUUCCUCGCUAUAUGAAACAGCAAAGAGAAAAAGAAUGGACACGAAAGACACUGAGACAAGUCCAGACUGACUGCAGUAUCUGCUGUGCCACUAAUUCCAUGUGUCUCAUUUUUAUUUCUCUCUCUACAGAACUUCUGAAGGCACAAAGAUACGCAGUUGAUGUGACUCUGGACCCUGAUACAGCAAACCCCUGGCUCAUCUUGUCUGAGGACAGGAAACAAGUGAGAUGUGGAGUCAUACAGCAGCGUCUCCCUGACAAACCAGAGAGGUUUACAUACCGGAAAAGUGUCCUGGGAAAAGAGGGGUUUUCUUCAGAGAGACAUUACUGGGAGGUGCAGGUUGGGGACAAGACUGAGUGGGAUUUAGGAGUGGUCAGAGAGUCCAUCAACAGGAAGGGGUAUUUUGCACUGAAUCCUAGUGGUGGUCUCUGGGCUAUCAGUCUGUCCAGUGGGAAUGAAUACGAGGCUCUCACUGACCCCCCUAUGUCCCUCCCACUGAGUGUGAAGCCCCAGAAGGUGGGGGUGUUUGUGGACUAUGAAGAGGGUCAGGUGUCCUUUUACAGAAUGGAGGACAAGUCUCUUAUCUACACUUUUACUGGAUAUAAAUUCACUGAGAAACUCUAUCCGUACUUCUGGCUAGGCUUCCAGAACUCAGCCCCACUGAUCAUAUCUCCUGUCAGUGACACAGACUGA